CUCGACCAUGGCUCCCUCCUACAAGGUCAAGACCCCCCCUCCAACCAGCACAAGCUGGAAUCACGAGUUCGAUACGCUUCGCAGGGAGGACCUCUUUCGACAUCCACCCGAGGAUCAUACCGCAUACCCCGCGCUCAAAGAAGCCGUCGCCCCCCAUGUCGAAUCUUUCAACGCCGUCUUCGAAGAGCACGGCUUAAUAAACAAGGCUCUGAAAGAUAUUGGCACAAUCUCCUUCCUCGAUGGCGAUGCGCGAGCCCCGACGGAGGGGAAGAAUAAGUUGGAUAUCAGGAUCAAGCAGGUCUAUCUGGGGAAGUCGAUGCUUCCCGACACAAACAAAAAAACCUUUAGAAAUCGAGAGGUCCUGCCAUCGGAAUGCAGAGAGCGGCAUGUCACCUACCGUGGGCUGCUGACUGCAAAGUUUGAAUACAGAAUCAAUGAUGGUGAUCCAUAUGAGUUCACCCGAGACCUCGGAAAGUUCCCGCUCAUGUUGAUGUCAAACAAAUGCCACCUUGAGAAAGAUUCGCCGGCACAGUUGGUACGGCACAAAGAAGAAUCAGAGGAGCUGGGAGGUUACUUUAUCGUGAACGGGAUAGAGAAACUCAUUCGACUCCUGAUUGUCAAUCGAAGAAAUUUCCCGAUGGCGAUUGUACGGUCUUCUUUCCUGAAUCGAGGGACGGGUUAUACGAAAUAUGGAGUUCUCAUACGAUCAGUGCGACCCGACCAGACUUCCCACACAAACGUUCUGCACUACAUUAACGACGGAAGCAUGACGGUGCAAGUAGCAUGGCGAAAGAGGAUAUACCUUGUACCCGUCGUCAUGAUCAUGAAGGCAUUGGUGGAAACGAACGACCGUGAAAUAUACGAGGGCCUCGCUGGCCUUGCAGGCACCAAAAGUGGUGAGAAUUCGUACUUGUCCGAGCGGGUAGAAUUACUGUUGCGGAAAUACAAGGAGGUGCACGGGCUCUAUUCGAAAAGCCAGAAUCGAUCGUACUUGGGAGAGAAGUUCCGUUACGUGCUGAACUUACCUGAUACCAUGUCAGAUUACGAGGCUGGAACCGUAUUCCUUCGAAAGAUGGUGCUCGUGCAUCUUGGGAAUGUCAAUGUAACCGAAGCUCAGGACAAGGAUAAGUUCAAUAUGCUUCUGUUCAUGAUCAAAAAGUUAUAUGCUCUUGUUUCAGGGGAAUGCGCAGCGGACAACCCAGAUGCAGCCUCGAAUCAGGAGAUCCUGCUGGGUGGGUUCUUAUACGGUAUGCUGGUGAAGGAGCGGCUCGAAGACUACGUCGGGGUUCAAUUGCGGAAAGCGGUGCGCCAGUGGGUGAUGAAGAGCCCGGAGAAUAAAUUUACGUCUCCCGAGUUUUCAAGGGAGUUUCCCACAAAGAUCUGCCUCAGGACGAACGCCAAUUUGGGGGGUGCUCUAGAAUAUUUCAUGUCGACUGGGAAUCUUGUCAGCCCAUCCGGGUUGGAUCUACAGCAGACGUCUGGCUUCACAGUCGUCGCCGAGAAAAUCAACUUCCUUCGAUUCCUCGCCCAUUUCCGAAUGGUUCACAGAGGUAGCUUCUUUGCCCAGAUGAAGACUACAACUGUCCGAAAGCUGCUCCCAGAGAGCUGGGGAUUCCUCUGUCCUGUUCAUACUCCCGAUGGAGGUCCCUGUGGUCUUCUCAACCAUCUGGCCCACAAAUGCAAAGUCCUCACCCACAGUGUGGAUGUAUCAGCAAUCCCGGAGUUAGUCGCUGGUAUGGGUGUGGCCAAACACGGCUCUGGUUCCAUCAACGAAAGUGUCGUCGUGCAGCUGGACGGUAGAGUCCUAGGAUGGUGUACGCCGAAGCAGGCCCAGAGAAUUGCGGAUACGCUACGAUACUGGAAAGUCGAGGGAUCACAUAAAGUACCCAAGGAGCUUGAAAUUGGGCACUUCCCGAUUUCACGCGGGGGACAAUUUCCUGGUAUCUACAUGGCUUCAACCCCAGCCCGUAUGAUCCGACCGGUCAAGUAUUUACCUCUGGGCAUGGAGGACUUCGUUGGACCCCUCGAGCAACCUUACAUGUCCAUUGCUGUCACCGAACCUGAGAUUGUUUCCGGCGAGUCUACCCAUGUUGAAUUCGAUCCUACAAACAUCUUAUCUAUUCUCGCAAAUAUGACCCCCUUCUCCGAUUUCAACCAGUCUCCUCGAAACAUGUAUCAAUGUCAGAUGGGAAAGCAAUCGAUGGGAACUCCAGGCACGGCGCUUAGCUACCGGACAGACAACAAGGCAUAUCGACUUCAAACUGGGCAAACACCUAUCGCGAGAGCAGCUCUGCACAAUACCUAUGGUUUCGACAACUUCCCCAACGGCACGAACGCUGUUGUUGCGGUCAUUUCUUACACCAGCUACGAUAUGGACGACGCCAUGAUAAUCAAUAAGACUUCCCACGAGCGCGGGUUCGGUAACGGAUGCAUCACCAAAGUCAAGGUCUACGAUCUGGCGGAAGGUCAUAAGAAGUCUGGGCAGCAAGCCCUAUCGAACAAGAAUGUCAGGAAGCUUUUCGGCUUUGCUCCCGGGGGGCUAGUCAAGGCUGCGUGGAAGAAAGACAUCGACCAGGACGGCUUGCCCUUCAUUGGACGAAGGGUCCAAGAGGGAGAUAUAAUCUGUGCGUGGCAUACUGUCCGCCCGGAUUACACUGGUACCAAGCUUGUGAACAGGGAUGGGGAGACACACUUCUACAAGUAUAAGGAUAAGGAGCCUGCCUAUAUCGAGGAAGUGCGCAUCAUUGGCAGCGACCACGGAACUGCGCCAAUGCAGGCCAUUUCAGUCAAAUUCCGCGUCGCUCGACGUCCAGUCAUCGGGGAUAAAUUCUCUUCUCGGCACGGGCAGAAGGGUGUCUUGUCUCAACUGUGGCCCUCUGAAAACAUGCCCUUCUCGGAGUCGGGAAUCCAGCCCGAUGUCAUCAUCAACCCGCACGCCUUCCCGUCCCGAAUGACCAUUGGUAUGUUCGUCGAAUCGCUCGCCGGCAAGGCUGGCGCGCUGCACGGGCUCGCUCAGGACAGCACGCCCUUCAAGUUCGACGAGGAGCACACCGCUGGCGAUUACUUUGGGGAACAACUCAAGAAUGCUGGGUACAAUUACCACGGUAAUGAGCCGAUGUAUUCCGGGAUCACUGGCGAGGAGUUAUUCGCGGACAUCUUCAUCGGGGUCGUGUACUACCAACGGUUGCGGCACAUGGUGAAUGAUAAGUUCCAAGUGCGGACGACGGGACCCAUCAGUAACCUGACGGGCCAGCCCGUCCAGGGACGGAAGAGGGGAGGUGGUAUCCGUGUGGGAGAGAUGGAGCGAGACUCGCUGCUGGCGCACGGGACGGCCUUCCUCCUCCAAGACCGGCUGUUCAACUGUUCCGACUACAAGAAGACGUGGAUCUGCAAGGAUUGCGGUAGCUUCCUGUCGAUCCAGCCGACGGUGGCCGCCUUCGCGUCGCGGCGGAAGGGGUCAGGAAUCGUGCGCUGCCGCCGCUGCGCGCACCGGCCGGGAGAGUGGACGGGGGAUGAGCCGGAGUUCGCGGACCAGUGCCAGGUCUGGGAGGAUGCUCAGGGGAACCAAUACAUUGGGGGGGAGAACACGACGGUUGUGGCGGUGCCCAGCGUGCUGAAGUACCUGGAUGCCGAGCUGGCGGCCAUGGGGAUCCGGUUGAAGUACAAUGUGAGCCGCGUGGGCGAGCCGGUGGUGGUGAAGGGGAAGAAGGGAUGGCAACGGCGCAUGUAGGAUUAGCGGGUACGGUAGGAAAAUCUAGAUUAUGGGAAAUGGAUCAAGCUUGACACGAGCCAUGUGAAGCACAGUGUGGUGGUGAGAAUGCACGGGGGAAUUGAAUCGACGAGGUGAGUUGCGGGAAAAGGGGUUGAGGAAAAAGGGGGUGUGGAAAGGGGGGCGAGGAAAAGGAGCAGGAGCCGAGGGAAAGGAGAACUGCGAAAAGGGAGACGAGGUAGGGUGUUCGUUGCCUGACGCGGCCUCAGGUAUCUUCCCGCCGCCACCGAUGACUCUCUUACGUAAGAAGCCGUCACGGGAAGAUGGGUGCCUGACUCCUCAGGCACACACCCCACUUCGCGCGGGCUUAGCGCGGAUGGUGUGAUUGUGCAUGUGCAUUGAUAGGAUUUGUGCAGCGGAUGAUGUGAAGAAUGGCUCAGAGCAGCUCAUGCCUUAGCGGAAUUCCCCAUUUAACCAUAAGAAGACCUUUUUCGGCGC